AUGGAUUUUGAAUCUAAUAGUUCUAAUUCUGAUACAGAAAAACCAACAGUAAGAACUGAAACUCCAACAAAAAGAAAGCGGCUCUGUAAAUAUAAUAAGGCGUGGGAAACCACCUAUAAAUGGCUAAGACAAGCCAAUGAAAAAGAAGCUCGUUGUAAUGUUUGCGCAAAAACAUUUUCUGUAUGUUUCCAAGGGUUAUCAGCGCUAAAGCAGCACGAGAAUACUGACUAUCAUUCCAGAAUGGUGCAGUCGCAAAAAACCACCAGCACCAUUACACAUUUUUUUACGUCAUCACUAAAUGAAGAAGAAAGUGACAAAGUUAUGGCAUCGGAAUUAACCUGUGUUUACCACAGUGUUAAACACCACUUGUCUUAUAAUAGUAUGGACUGCAUUUUAAAAUUGGACAAAAUAAUAUACAAUGACAGCAAAAUAGCUAAGAAAGUAAGCUGCGGCCGCACUAAGGCUGAAAUGCUAGUUAAUGAGGUUCUUGCUCCAAGGAGCAUUGAAGAAGUUCUACAGGUCUUAAACUUAAACAAAUGUUUUUUUUCUGUGCAAACUGACGCUUCAAACAUAAAAAAUAGAAAAUUCUUUCCCCUCAGUAUUCAAUAUUUUACAAAAGAUGUUGGUAUCCAAAAUAAGAUAUUAGAUUUUAUUGAAUCUGCUGAUGAAACUGCUCAGGGAAUGUUUGACAUGAUAGCUAAGUCUUUAAGUAAUUUAGGAGUAGAUUUAAAAUAUUGCAGUUGUUUUAGUGCCGACAACACUAAUGCCAAUUUUGGACAAAAUAAAUCUCUUUUUAAAAAAUUAAAAGAUGUUAACAAGGAAAUUCUUAAAGCAAAUUGUCAUGCGCAUAUCGUUCAUAAUUGCGUCGGCCAUGCAUUAGAUGAGUUUGCAGGCAUAAAUAUAGAUGUAGAAACUCUUGUUUUUAAAAUAUAUUCACACUUUGCGCAGUCGGCAAAAAGAAGAGACAAUCUGAAGGAUUUUUACGAGUUUGCUGAAAUACACUGGAGAGAAAUUAUUCGCCAUGUAAAAACUAGAUGGCUAUCUCUCCAACCAUGCAUUCACAGACUAUUAGAAAGUUGGCCUGCAAUCAUAUCCUAUUUUAUUAGCGCUGAAGAUGCCAAGCAAGUAAAAAAACUUAUAUUUUUAUCAAAAGACGAUGAUUCUUCAUAUAAAGUCGAGAUACCUUUGCUUUUUUGUGACAAUAUCUUAGAGAUAUUUCAAAAAACUGUUAAAAAAUUGGAGGGCAAUAAGGCUUGCGCCAAAAAUAAGGUGGAUGAAAUGCGCUCCCGGCCAAAGAAUUUGGAAUAUUUAUGA